AUGGCCUCCGAGUCUGCAGAUGUCGAUGCUGCGGACGCUGCCAACGCAGAGCUGGCCUCUUCAUGCCGCCGCAGGGACCAAGACGACUGCUCGCCACCCCCUGGUCCCACUCUUCAUACCCAUGGGCCCUCCCCUUCUUCGUCCUCCAACCCUCCGUCCUCCUCGACCGGGCCACUUCCUGAAGACUCGUCUAAGCUGAGACGGACUUCCUUCCCUGUCUCGUUCCCGCCCAUCUUCUUCCAGCGAAGCAAGGUUCCGUCGGCAUCACUCGCCGCAUCCACUGCUGAGGGCAGGCCCAUUCCGCUCACGGAUCCCGCCAACACUAACCACACAUCCGCCUUGCAGAAGCUGAACAGCAAGUACCCGUCGGCAGGACGGCGCCACUGCUACACCCCCGAAGCGUCUGUUGCCCGGAGCAGCACUUACUCACAGCCCGUUCUCGUGCGUACUUACAGCGGACCCUCGCCGUCCCAAGGCUCUCGUAGCACCAAGUCACCGCAACACAGACCCUCGAGCAGCAGCCGAGGAGCCUCCAGACGCGUCCCUUUACCGUCAGCUUCAACACCGGGCAGCGGCGGGCCAGGCCGACCCAUCCAGCCCACGCUAAGCGACGUUGGCGUCGGUACUACCAGCAGUUCUGGUUCCGGCACACACGAACUCAACAUAGGGACCUACGAAAGCAAUGCUCAAGGAGUGAACAUGUCACGACCCUACAAAGCCAAGAAGGCCGCCAACAACAUCACGACGGCGACCACCACCACCAGCAAGCUACCCUUGCCAUGGCCAUGGCCGCUCUCCUCACGCCAGGAGCCCGAGGAACCGAAACUGCCCCCAUUGGAAGCCUUUUCGUUCAAAAGCUUCAUGGCUGAUCUAGAGACCCGCGGAAGCGACAGCAACAUCGGGGCGGACUUGGAUCGUAUAGCCGAGAUCUGCGCUCGCUCACGGUACUCCCUAAGCAACCAGUACGAGGUCCAUGUGGCGCCCCACGGUUCUGGUGCUUCGUUCACGCCAGGCGCACCUCCCUCUUCUGUCCCACGGAGUCGAAAAGGUCACGGCCACAGCCGCGUCCCAAGCCAUGGUCAUGGCAUUGCCGGCCCGACGCUACAAGCCAUCACGUCGGACGACGAGAAUAUCGCCCGAUCCUCCAAUUCUAGGAGGAGGAGCGGAGCUGCCAAGCGGCGGAGUGCCGCCUACGGUACCCUGGAAACUAUCAUGUCCUCAAGCCGGUCAUCCGAGGAGGACAAGUCCAAGAAAAAGUCCGCGGCCGAGCUAGUCGGCGAGGUGCGAGGGAGAGCAGCCAGGAAAGCGUGGGAUAACCCAAGCGCAUCAGGAUCAUCAGCAGCCAUGCCUACCGGAAACAGUGGUAGUGCCGCGGAUACCCCUCCAGGACACCCACUGCAACAACAGCAGGACCCAGACCCAGCCUCCACCACCGCCGACGCCACCACCAUCAACAAGCUAGCCCGCAAAAAGUCCGCCUCCUUCGCCACCGCCAUCAUGGACACCCGCAACGGCCGCAGCGCCGCAGCGAAAAAGGCCGGUUCCUCCUCCUCGUCCGAUCAACAAAGCAAAAACAAGAAAACACGGAAAAAGAAAGAGGACGAGGAGACGGGCGCUAAACCCGCCUCGGCCCUGCUCAGUGAACCGGCCCAGCCCCAGACAUCGGGGAGCCACCUAGGCGUGAGGACUUCUCGCAGCGGCGGCGAUCGUCGGACGUCCGUGUCUAGCACGGGAGAGCGGGGCGGCCGCGCGGUAGACCUGGAGGCUACGGGGGGGGGUUGCCGCAUCUUCAUUACCAACAGCAGUUUCCGGCUGUUGUUACCGCCGCUGCUUCUGGGGGUGGGGGUGGUGGUGGGCGCGGGGGCUACUCGUCGUGGGGCGCAUGGAUCCCCUGGCGGGCGGGGCAGGCGCAGCAGGGGUCGGGGGGUGGUGGUGCUGCGGUGGGAAGCCAUGCUGAAGGGAGUUUGA